AUGUCCUUAUCCCCUCCUAUCCGAAGGUUGUCAGCCACUAGCACCAGCAGCAAGCGCGAAGAAGACCUCAUUAAUGCGUAUGAAGCUGAGGAGGAGAGAAUCAUCAACGUCCUGUCACGCAAACUCGAAAAGCUACAAGAGGAGAAAAUCGAGCUUGAGAAUGUGUUGGAGGCCGAAUCAGAGUCGCAUGUCAAUAGACUCUCUAGAGAGCUUUUCGCUCUUCGUCUUGCUCAACAAUCAUCCCAGAUGCAGUCUCAGAACCACCUUUCCAAUGGCAAUGGCAUAGGGGAGCCUUCGAUAGAGCAUGGGCGUCCGGCGAGAUCAAUGCCAAGCAACCCCCUCGCACCCAGUUCAGACAUCAUGCUAGAGGCUUUGCUACGAGAGAAUGAACUUUUGAGGAACAGAAUGGUUGAUAUGGAGCGAGAGUAUAUUCGAAUAACGCGACUGAAUGAAAUUUAUAGGGAGGAACUGAUACAACAUCGGAGGCGGCUCGGAUUAUCGGUUGAUAACCUGAUUGGGCUCUCGUCCUCGCACGAAUUGUACUCACAGCCCACACAUCGGCGCUCAAUGUCGAAUACGUCGUCCCCCGCUGCUUCCGCGCCUAUCCCUCUAACUGCCCACGCCACACACCCCUCACCCAAUGUUCCCAUUCCACGACCGCCAUCGCAAAUUCAUCGCCCUAUCCAUACCACGUCUGAAUCGACCACUCCUCUGUCCCACUCACCAUCGUCGGCGUCCGAGUCACCUUACCUUUCCCCAUUGAUCUCGACAAACCCUGCAAGUUAUAUCAGCAACACCACAGGUGUGACGACACCACCUUCUUCCACCUCUCCUACGGCCAUUGCCAACGGUGCCUCUCGCACGGCUCCACUUUCCUACCCUUCCGUCCCCCCGCCAUCUUUGUCUUCUUCGUUCGGCUCGCCAACGGCCUAUUACCAUGGGCCGCGCCGCGAUCUCUCCUCUUCUCCAGUCGAAGGCCACACAAACCACAGAAGCGUGCCACGCCGUGGGAACUUUGAACGACGAGUCGCUGACUCUCAGAGCUUGCGGAGGAGCGUGAGUCGUGGGAACUCACGAAGAGAGAGUGUCGAGCGUGGUGCUCGUAUCGCAGAAACAGGACAGCUCGUGCCACGGAGCAGGGCUGGGAGUGUGGCACUAGGCGGUCCCUCUGAGGUCGUCGCCCCUGUUGACGAACACGCAGACAGGACGUAA